CAGCCAGUCUAUAUAAGCAGCCUGCGGGGCGUGUCCUCGCGCUGGGGUCGUUGCGCGGGUGUCGGGGGUAAGGCUGCGUUGGAGGGUGGCUUACGCUCGCUGAAGCGGCACCUCGGGGACGAUGGCGGAGGGAGAUAAUCGCAGCACCAACCUACUGGCUGCAGAGACUGCAAGUCUGGAAGAGCAGCUGCAAGGAUGGGGAGAAGUGAUGCUGAUGGCUGAUAAAGUCCUCCGAUGGGAAAGAGCCUGGUUUCCACCUGCUAUCAUGGGUGUGGUUUCUUUGGUGUUUCUGACUAUCUACUAUCUAGAUCCAUCUGUUCUGUCCGGUGUUUCCUGUUUUGUUAUGUUUUUGUGCUUGGCUGACUACCUUGUUCCCAUUCUGGCGCCUAGAAUUUUUGGCUCCAAUAAAUGGACCACUGAGCAACAGCAAAGAUUCCAUGAAAUUUGCAACAAUCUAGUCAAAACUCGACGCAGAGCUGUGGGCUGGUGGAGACGCCUCUUCACACUGAAGGAGGAAAAGCCAAAAAUGUACUUCAUGACCAUGAUCAUUUCUCUUGCUGCGGUUGCUUGGGUGGGACAGCAAGUCCACAACCUUCUUCUCACCUACCUGAUAGUGACUUUCGUACUGUUGCUUCCUGGGCUAAACCAACAUGGAAUCAUUUCGAAGUACAUUGGAAUGGCCAAAAGGGAGAUAAACAAGCUGCUCAAACAGAAAGAAAAGAAAAACGAAUAAUGCGUCUGAUGAUUAAUAGCGAGUACAUUGUCCUUGGGAACAGUUUGUAUUAUGCUCCCUGGAUACUCAAAUGUUACAGAAGUAGUUCUUUGCUCUCCCUCAUUGUGCCCUUAAUUAAUAGAAAUUCUGACUUGCCGAGUGAGGCCGUACGCAUAGUGUCUUCAUGUCAAGUGUAGCGGGUGCACCCCUAUCAGUUGGCCUUCUAUGGACAACUCAUUUGUGAGUAGGACUUGUUUUGAUUUUUCUCACCCAGGGUUAACUGAGUUCUUACUUUUAGGCAGCUUCCUUUACAAUAAUGUAGUGGUGAACUUCACCCUUAGUCCAGUUAACAGUGACUGCGUAAUUGUUCCAGUUGGUUGUGGCUUUCGCCAGGUAGCAGGUAGUGGUCUGCGGCUGCAGGAAGCUGGUUCUCCUGUCUACUUCCAGUCUGCUGAGAGCUGUCUGGCACGGGAGUAGAGACCACGUCCACCGCUCCUGAUGAAGAGACCAAUUAAGAUCCAUUCCUCAUUCUGUUUGUAUACCGUGGGAGAAGAAUCCUCAUGGAAUAAAACGAGACCAAUUCCGUGCCCUUGUCUGUGUUGGUUUCUCCCUUGUGCAAAAUUUAGCAAUUUGUAGGAAACGUUGAUCCUUCCUCUCGAAUGGGGAAUGUGACAGGCUUAGAGCUCUGGUCCCCUUGCACUUAGACUUCAAGGUAGGAGAUCCUUAAAGGCUUUUUAAUAGCAGGCUUCCAAAAGGUCAUGUUUAGGAUUUUUAGCAUACUUUUAAUUUCAGAUUUUCAGCUGCCUGAAAGUAAAGUACAGAAUAGGUUAAGACUCACGUCUCUGACCUUCACUCUGAGACCAGCCAAUAAAAGGACAGAAGUCGUCCUGUGUUUAAUCAAGGUUCCUUUCAGUAGAAAAUAAUCUUAUCCUACUAAUUGUUCAAGACCAGAAUAAGCCUUUGAAGGUAAGCUCAGGAUUCUCAUUUUAUGGUAAUGCUGGCUGCUUUGGUCUCCAUAGAUAUGGCGUAGGAGGUGGUGACUACGCUGGCGGCUGACUUUUUGCGUAGCUGUUUCUCUGAAGAAUGCAAGGGCCGUUGGUGAGAGCAGAUUGUGGCGAUGAUAGCUGGCCUCUGGUCUACCGAGAUUUUGUAACUCUUGGAAUGCAUCCUAGAAUCAUUCUCCCUCAGUAGCUAGAAAUUUAGAGUAGUUGAAAUCUGUAGGAAUGAACCUCUGAGGGCCGAAAAUGUGACAUAUUUGGGAACAAUUCUUAAACUCUGAUUAAUGAGCUGUUAUAUAGUUUUGUGAAUUUAUUGCACUGAUGCUGUAAAACCUGGACCUCGUGAAAUAUCUGUCCCUAGAUAAGUGUUGUUUUCUCCCCUUCAAGAUUGCUGUAAACAGUGGCACCUAUGGAGCAUAUGUUUGAUUUUUUUUUUAUUGUUUCAUAUGAAAAUUACAAAUUACCUUAAUUUACAUGUGUUUCCUCAGUGUAAAUAAGCCUGUCUCCUAUCCGGGUUUGUUGUGUAUAUGUGUUCUACCAGUUAACCACUUUUGAGAUUUUAAUCCUCUGUUAUUUCUUCUACUUUGUUUUGUGUAAAAGGGGAAAAAUAAAGCUCAAAUUCCUCCUUGUGUCCUACUUUCUUUACACCUGA